AUGAGGAAGAAGAAUCAUCGGAUCUUGCAUUUAAUUCUCGCGGUUGGCGUGGUAUAUCUCACGUAUGGCCUUUUCUUUGGAGACGGGAAGCAGAAUGAGGAGUUGAGCUUAAGAGUGGCUGAUGAGCUGGUUAAAGACAAGACAGAAAACCGACAAUACGGUAGAAUUGACAGAACGGAUCUUGCACUGGAGUCGGGUUUCCAGACAAUUGCCAAAUCGUGCCCCAAUUUUGCACAGUAUGCCUCGAAACCGCAUACCAAAGAUUCCGGAUCUGAAAUCUCAUCGAGACUUCUACCAUAUCAGAGACCGCCAGAGAAAUGUCGAACUUUUAGGUCUAAAUUAGUGGAAAGAUUCUUGGAUGAGUUUCUAGCGAUGUUUAAGGACCCUAAUUUGGCGCGUCUUUUCGAAAACGCAUUUCCCAACACCUUGGAUACGACUAUCCUGUGGCAUGUUACGGGUAAUCAAAAUAUGAAGCUAAACAACCACCGCUCCCGGCAUUCGUCGUUCAGAAAUUCUUUGCCGGAGACCUUUGUAGUAACAGGGGAUAUCCAUGCCGAAUGGUUGCGAGACUCGGCUCGUCAACUUUCCGUAUAUCAACCUUUCAUCAAAGAGGACACUUCCAUCCGCGAAAUGAUUCAAGGCGCCAUCAACUCCCAGGCUCAACUUGUACAGUCAAACCCUUACUGCAAUGCAUUUCAUCCACCGGUUUACUCACCCGUAGUGAGAGGUCAAGGAAGCAUUGACAGCGUUUAUCCGCGUCCAGACUGGAGACAAGUGUUUGAAUGUAAGUACGAACUGGACUCCCUAGCAUCUUUCUUGACAAUUUCACGCGAGUUUUACGAGAACGCGCGGCCUGAGGAUCGAUUCAGAUUCUUGAAUGAGGACUGGAUAUUGGCGUUGGAAAACUUACUUGUGGUUCUCAGAAUGGAAUCCGUGUCCACGUUUGACGAAACGGGCGUAGUGAAUCCCUUUUAUUAUACAUUCCAGAGACAGACCAACGUCGCUUCUGAGACCCUGCCGCUGGCUGGCACAGGCAAUCCUGUCAAGGGUGGCACUGGGUUGGUGAGGAGCGCGUUCAGACCCAGUGACGACGCUACCGUUUUCCAAUUUUUAGUGCCCGCGAACGCGCAGAUGGCAGUAGAGCUGGCCAAAACGGUCGAAAUUUUGCAAGAUUAUCAGGACUCGUUUGGAGAGUUGCCACAGGGCGUACAACACAAGUUCAACGUGCGACUCACGCAACUGAUCGACCGUGCCAACAGUUUCGCAGACAGUAUACACAAGGGAAUCAUGGAGCACGCCGUUGUGGAACACCCUAAAUUCGGUACCGUAUUCGCCUACGAGGUCGACGGGUACGGCAGUCAUCUACUGAUGGACGACGCGAAUAUCCCGUCGUUGUUGUCGCUUCCAGAACUGGGGUUUCUGGAACGCACAGACAAAAUAUACCAGAACACACGCAAGAUGAUUACAAGCAAAGAUGGCAACCCGUACUAUAUCCAAGGAACCCAUUUCCAAGGCAUUGGCGGACCGCACAUAGGCAUCCACAACGCAUGGCCCAUGAGCCUGAUUGUUUUGAUCCGCACGUCCACAUCAGAUGCCGAAAUUGAGUCUGCCUUGAAAGCUUUGCUUGAAAACACGGCAGGAUUAGGUCUUAUCCACGAGUCCAUACAGGCUUUCCACGAAGAUGGAUCCCAUUUCACGAGACCCUGGUUCUCCUGGGCCAACUCUGAGUUCGCCAAGAUGAUCCUACAGCUUGCGGAGACGCAUCCGCAUCUUAUUUUGGAGGAUUCGCACGCCAAAGACAAGUUUCAGCUACCGAAGUUCUUGCAUGCUUUACAAGCGUAG